AUGGAAAAAGGUAAACUUCAUAAUCGCAAGACCAGCCUACCACAUGGUAUAGAUACACUUCCCUCAAACUUCGCAGAAACUCUGCUUGAGCUAGAAAUGGAAGCAGAGCUUCACUGCAACAUAGAUACCAUCAAAGCCUUAGUAGAGCAAUAUUCUGUAAAUUUUAUUUAGAAAGCCGUUGAAUAUUAUGAAGCUAUAAAGGACCCGAAAUAUCUUUACUACAACCACAGACUUCAACUAUUUUUAAUCAGCGACGAUGUGCUUAAAACUGUAAUAGUUAAAACGAUUAUGCUCGCCAUAAGUGGAGCCAUUAGCCAUUGCCAGCCUAGGCUCCAAAGGUCGCCCUUUUGGAUUUCUGACCUCAACACCUUUCAAGGAGAGCAGCUCCUUGUGUAGAGUCAUCGUCAGUGAGGUGCUCCGAUGGUCACGAUAAGAGAAGAUCAUGCAGUAGGCAAAACCUGGUAGAGAUAGGAAAAAUAGGAAAGCAUUAGGGGGAGAAACAAAACUUCCCUCUUCGUAAGGCACCCCCAAGCCUGAAGGCCUAUUUCAAAAAGGGAGAGAGGCUCUGCUUUCAUCUUCAUCAGGAUUAGUCCUACCUGCUUCAUAGUGAGUGGGCCUUGGAGUCAAUUUCUGCCAACGUCAUUUUAUUUCUCUAAAACUGUGAAGAAUGUUUCUCAGUCUGGAACUGAAAGCAAUACUUUAAAACCUUUGCAACAGAAUAAGAUAUCAUCAAUCAACCAAUCCUUUGAAGACGCUAGCGAUAAAGUGAAAGCAAAAGUCAGGAAAAAGGCACGCAGAUUAUCAAUGCAAUAUUCUUCUAGCUUGCCUUCACUUAUUCCUUUCCACUUAUUUCUAAUCACUACUUUAAAAUAAAAUAACUAAUUAUUUUUUUAAUAAAUUUAUUCGACACUUACUUUUGUUUUCAAUUGCUACUCAUUUUUAAAUAAUCCAAGCUAAGAGAGUUAGAAAUACAGAAAAAAUUAUCAAAUCUAAUGAAAAUGUGCUCCAUAAAACAAGUACCAUGCUCCAUGAUAAUUUGCAUUCCCAAGAAACAAGCUUAGAAUUGAAAAUUAUAGCAAGAAAAGAGUCAAGGACUCCAAGGAGCAGCACUAAAGUGAUAGUUUGGGAUAAUGAUGAGAACCAAGAUUCAAACACAGAAGUUUUUGAAAAAGAUUUAGAAAAUGUCAUAGAAAAAUAUGUUACAGAAAAAUAUAAAAAAGUUCAAGAAAUAAAGCUGAAGUAUCAAGACCAAAUUCAAGAAAUCAAAGACAUGAAGAGCAAUGACAUCACAAAGCAGCUACUAAAAGAAAUGAAUAACUUACCCCUUUAAAUUGGAACAAAAUAUAGGUAAAAUUUUCAUUUUGGGUACUAUUUUAUUUGGAGGAAUUUUUGUAAUAGGAAUUUUUAAUCUUUAUGAAAUUAGUUAAUGGAAGACGAGGAUUUUUAGGAUUAAGAAUAUUCAAAAUCAGAUGCUAAUUAUAUUGGUGGCACAGUCGCUAUAGAUCUCCCUUGUAGGAGACUCAACUAUUUUUCAACUCUAGCCCAGAGGGUCUAUCCCCCAAUAAUGGAUGCCACUUCUGUGCCUUCUCUCUCAUCCUGCUUUCAGUUUCAGUCUUGAGUGGACAGCUUAUGGAUUUCUGCAGCCUUGCAAAGGGCAAUCGUAAUAGCUUAAUUUAAUUGAUUAGCUCGUUGGAGUCUCUGAAUGACAUAGUACCUCCCUUCAACAGCUACAGGGAAAAUACUGCUUCCUGUUGCCUGAGCUGAAAUCUCAGUUUAUCGGUAGAGUCAUAGAUCCUUGGACCCAAAGGAAGUUGUCGGUCACCUUCAUUUCAACUACAAAAAGCACCAAAACCUAUCCGCAUACACAUCUUCUGAGACUGCACUUGAUUCCACCUAACCAUGAAGUCUGGACUAUUAUGCCACGAAGAUAGCGACACGUAUCGCCAUUUAAAUGUAUUAUAGUUAACUACACUGACUGGCGCGGGGUGCUUUUGGCUCGAAACUGAGCCAAAAAUACCCCGUGCCAGUCAGUGUAGUUCACUAUAUUAAAAAAGAGGAAGUAGAAUAUUAAUUAUACAGUUUUUGAUGCCGAUCGUUUAUUUGAAUCAAUUCCUCAUAAAAUAAAUUAAAAUUCAAAAAAUUAUAUUUCUAAUUUUUUUAAAAUUUUAUAAAAUUUUUUUAUAGAGAAAAAUUUAAUAUAGAAUUUUCUUUAAAAAAUAUUAACCCACUUUAAAUUGGAGCAGGAUUUUGUUCCAGUUUAAAGGGGCAGUAAACAAAUGGAAGCUGAAAUUGCAAUAGCCAAAGAAGAAGCAGACAAUCAGAGAUCAACAGCCAUUCGGCAUCUUAGAGAGGUUAAUAGAUAG